AUGUCUCCCGUCCCCCGCCCACAACAACAGGGUCCUAUACAGAGCGUGACUAUACGCGAGGUGAAGGGCCACCUGGCAUCCCUGAGCAGCCUGAAGCUGCGCCUGCGCGUCAAGAUCAAGGACGUUGACAUCGUGCUCCGCCCCUCGCCCCCCUCCACCUCCAAAAAGAAGAAAAAAGCCUCCAAAAACGCCUCCAGCAGCAGCGGAUCCUCAGCCAAGGGUCCGGCCAGGAAGGCCGGGGCGAUUGCCGCCGCCUGGGGCCGGUGGAAGCUGCUGGGAAGCUUCUCCCGGGUGGUUCGGGUGUGCCUGUUUGACGUGUCUGUGCGGUGGGCUCAGGCUCCUGACGUGUGCUUCCAGCUGAGGGAGUUCGACCUGUUCUCCACGGCUGAUGCCUCAGGGAAAGGGCAGGUGGCUAUGCGAUUGGAGCUGCUAGGGAUCUCGCUCUCCCAUCGCCCCCCUCUUUCUGAGAAGAGCCCUGGGCUCCGAUCCAGAUCGAUGAAUUUGUUCAGGAUUGGGGGUGGGGGUGGGGAGGAAGGGAGUGGGGAAGAGGAGUGGGAUGGUGAGGGAGGAGGGAGGGGAAGAGGGAGUGUGGGAGGAGGAGGAGAGGGGAGUGGGGAUGAUUCGCUGCCGUUGAUGCUGCUGGAGAGCUGGACGACUGACGUGGCACUAGGGUUUGACAGGGAGGUGGGCAUAGCAGUGCGGCAGCUACAGCUGCAGUAUUCGGAGCUCGAGCUGAACCUCUCGGAGCGCCUGCUCGCCCUGCGCAUCGUCAAGCCCCCCAAGCGGCCCCCUGCUUUCCAGCCUCCUGUUCCUGCCGCACCCGUGGCUGCCGUGACAAUUCCUGUGCUGGUGAACGAGAGGAAGCGCCCCAACCUCCCAGAAAAGGUGCAAGUCACCCUACCGCGCAUCAUGCUGCGUCUCUGGCACCACCGCUGUGGCCUCUUGCUGCGCAGCAGCUGCGGCCCCAUCAACCUCUCCUCCUCACUCUCCCGCCCGGCGCCUGAUCUCUCAGUCAUCGAGGCUGAUUUCAGUAUCGGCAUCGUGGAGGUAUUGAAGAGUGCGGAGGGCAGUGCUCUGUCUGUCACACGUGUAUCUUCAUCAGCAUGCCUCUCCUUCCCACACUAUCUCUUCACCCGCCCUUACUCUGGCCUUGUGGAUGGCUCUCCUUCACGUCCCUUCCUCAACCACUUUCAUUUGAGCCGCUCCGCACCCACCUUCUUUUCCCUUCCCAUGCAUGGCUCUCCAUUACUUCCCUUUAUCACCACUUCCAACUGCUCGCACCUCCAUUCUUCUCCACUAUCUCCCCCUCUCUCAGACGGCAGAGGCAGUGUGGGCAGAGGUGCACGUGACGUGACCCUCUCAGCCGUGGACUGGCGGGUGUUUUCGCCUCUCUCGCCCCGUGCAUGCCUCAUCCUUUCCAACCGCUCUGCAAACCCUUUUCCCCCACUCGCAGACGGCAGAGGCAGUGCGGGCAGAGGUGGACGUGACCCUCUCAGCCGUGGACUGGCGGGUGUUCCCCGCCACUCUCGCCCCGCCAGAGGCGCAUCCCGAAAAGCUGAUUCACCGCUAGGCAAGAGUGCAGUGGCAGCAGGAGAAGCAGGAGGUGGAGUAGGAGGGGGAGCAGGGGCACCAGGAGCAGCAGCAGCAGAGGCAGCAGCAGUGGUGGCGGUUCCGAAGCCAAAGAAGCCAAAGCGGCCGUUCAGGCUAGAGGCAGUGGUGGGAGCAGUGGGAGCAAAGGUCACAGUACACGAUUACGACGGUACCCCUCUCUAUAAGGCCUCUGCUGCCAAGUUCCACCUCUUUCUCUCCAAAUCCACUGGCUCCCCCCCUGCUGCUGCUGCUGCUUCGCGUGCCUCUACUGCUUCGACCCCAAUGGGGCCCGUUUCGCCUGGUUCUGCAGCUGCUGGUGCUGGUGGUGGAAAGGCAGGGUGGGGCCGCAGCAAGGGUGGGCGGUACUCGUUCCUGAGCCGGUCUGGGAGUGUUCUGGGAGGAGCAGCAGGAGGAGGAGGAGACGGAGCAGCAGCAGCGGCCAGCAGUCCUGGGGUUUCCAGGACUAGCAGCAGGGCGGAAGCAGCAGCAGCUAGGACGGGUUUUAGCAGGUCUACCAGCUGCUUUGCUGCCAGUCCCACUGGUGGUGCUGGUGGCGCUAUCCCUGGUGGCGGUGGCUUUGGAAGAGCUUCUGGCUCCGCCUUCCCUUCCUCGUCCUCCGUCCCCCAUGCCUCCUCUCCUGCUGCUGCUGCUGCCGCCGCCGCCGCUGCUGCUGGGCCUGGCACUGCUGCUGGUGGUGGUGAGAGUGUGUUGGAGGUUCAGGUGGAAUAUUCAGGCGUGCAGGUGACAAGGCUGCCCAGAGAAGAGGACUUUGCCAGGCUUGCUGAGACAGACGGUGCUGCCGGUGCUGCCGGUGCUGUCGGUGCUGCCGGUGCUGCCGGUGCUGCUGCUCCUGCUGCUCCUGCCGCUGCUGCUGCGGGUGCUUCUGCUUCUGCUGCUGCUGUGCCUCGGGAGCAGGUGUUUAUUCAGGUGUCGCGCCUGGGAGUAGAGUGGGGCCCUGGGAUCCCCGACAACUGGGAAGAGCUUGGGGAUUCGUCAGGAGGGAAGGGAGGGGGAGGAGGGAAAGGGGACUUAGGAGGAGCAGAAGAAGGAUCAGGAGGAGGAAUUGGAGUAGCAGGGAGGGUAAGUUCCCCUGGUGGUGGCUCGGGUGGCGGUGCAUACAGGGAGGUUGGUGGAGGGGCGAAUGGGGGGACGGGGGGAGGGGGGAUACUAGAUAAGGUGAUGAUGGUGCAAGUGGGGGUGCGGGGACUCAGGCUGCGCCCCUCCUUCCCCCUCCUGGGAUCGAUUGCAGAGGAAGUCACUCGAGCAGAGCAGUUUGUGAAAAGGGAGAAGAAGAGAGGCGCUGGCACAGUAGGUGCUGCUGCGGGUGGGGCUGCUGACGCGACUGCUGCUGGUAAAGAGUCAGGCAAAGGGAAGAGCAAGAGCAAGAGCAAGGGCAAGGGUAAGGGCAAAGGUGUGAAGGCGUUUCGUAUAGUCCUGGACGAUUCUCUUCUGGAGCUGGAAUGCCCGUGCACGGUGGUUGAAGCGGACGUGCUAGACCCUAAGAAAGUGCAUUUCGGGGAUGAGCUGGGGGAGAGAAUUUUCCACCUCACCCCUGAGGGAGACCUGAGGGUGGCGAGGGUGAGGAGGUUUGAGUGGGAGGGGGCGGAGCAUGCCUCUGUGGUGUGUGCGUUGCGGGUGGAGCUGCCUUCGGUGUCGGUUGGAGGGAGAGUGGGGGGGAAGCAGGUGCAGGUUGGGGUGGAAGGGGCGAGAGUGGUGUAUGUGGAGAAAGGGGAGGGCGGGGAGGUGGGGAGUGCGGUGCGGAGCGGUGGAGCUGGGUGCGGGAAGGGGGGUUUGGAAGGGAAGGGAGGGGAGGAGAAGAGGGUGGGGAGGGAAGGUGGGAAGAGGCAGGAUGGGGUGAUAGCAGAGGUGGUGGUUUGUCGGUUACAAAUGGCCCACGUGUUGCUUCGGAAAGGGCUGCUAGGUCCGGACGGAGGUCCGGCGCCGGACCGAGUGGUGGUUACCGCAGCUGGGCUGGAGGCUCGGUGGGAGCCGGACGUACAGGUGCUGGUGGUGGAGGUAGGGGAGGAGAUGAAGGAGGUGACUGGUCGGAGAAAGGCUGUUAUAGAGCAAUGGCGGGCGAUGGCAGAGAGAGAAGGGGAGACGGAGCAGGCACGGGUGAAUCAGCAGCAGGCAGAGCAGAAGGCAGAGCAGGAGACGCAGCAACGGAUGGCGCAGGAGCAGAAGGGAGGGAAGGGAGAGGGAGCGGGUGCAGGGAAGCUAGUCACAUCAGGGGGCAGUCUGGACGCGAGUCUGCUCGGGAGGGAGGGUGGGAACCUGCUAGGUGCAGCAGCAGCAGCAGCAGCAGCAGCAGCAGCAGCAGCAGCAGCAGCAGCAGCAGCAGCCGGCAUCAGCAGCAGCAACAGCAACACACCCAGGGCCAGCAGUAACAGCAUGGGAGCAUCUUUGCCGCCGAUAGCACCCAGUGGUGGAGAGGGCAGCAGGCGCUCUGUGGGGGUUGCCAAGUCCGCUGCUGGGGUGCUGGAGGGCGGUGUAGCAGGGUUGGGAGCGGCUGGGAGCGGUGCCGGGGGUGGUGCCGGCGGCGACGAGACAGAGAUGCGCGUGGAGGCCAGGGGGCUUUUCUCUGAGGACGCGGCCAUGGGGGCGCUUCUGGAGGGGCUGGCGUUGCGCAUCAACGGAGCCGCUAUGCUCUUCAGCGAGUCAUUCCAGGUUUCUCGAGUGCCCAGCGCAACCCCAGUGGUGGUGGCUCCCCCCUCUGCCCCCCCACCACAGCCAGAGGAAGGCGCUUCUGCCUCUGGUGGUGGUACCGUGUGGGACUAUGUGAUCCAGGCGAGCUCAGCGCGCUUCAUCCUGCCGUUCCAGUUUGAGCCCAAGAAGCCCCCUGCGCGUCAGAAAGGCCUCAUACGCCUUAUAGUGAAGGAGCUGCUUUUAGAGGUGGAGGAGGAGCCGAUUCAAGGGUGGUUGGAUGAGAGGAGACAGCUGAUGAGAUCGCUGGUGGAAGAUAAGUUGGUGAGGGAGAGAUUGCUGGAGGAAGAGGAGGAGAAUCUCAUGGGCGGGGAUAUUUUUCCCGCUGGCUUGGAGGGGCUUGUUGGGGAGGUAGCAGGGGGGGGGGAUGGGGAGAAGUCUCCUCAGGAUGUGAGAGGAGGAGUGGGAGGAGCAGGGGGGAAAGGGGUGAGUCCGCAAGUGUUGGCAGCAGCAGCGGCUGCAGCAGAAGCUGUUGGGGCUACGCAGGUGACGGGUGAAACGAAGGGAACUGCGGUCAGGUUGAAACUUUUCCGGGAACGUUUCCAGGCUGCCCGGGAGGAUCUGCACCGGCGGGCAUCCCUGGCGUACAAAGCAGCGUGCGAAAACCUUGUGAAGGAUCCGGGCACGGGCUGGGCGUAUAAAAUCGGGCUGAAUGAAAAGUUUCCGAUGACCACCACCCGAAGAAGCGCUGCUAGCUUGUGGUUCGCGUUUGCAGAGCUGGCUCUGAUACCAAUAGAGCACGGCCGGCAAGGCAUGGUGGCUAAAAUCCGUGAGCUAGACACGGUUCCUGCUUCCGAUAAGGUCCCCAUUGCUAGGAUGUACGGGCGGGCAGUGGAGCUUUCGUGUGUGGGGCUGAAAUUCUCUCUGAGGGAUUUCCCGCUACCGCUGUUUGCGGCGGCUUCCGGGAAGCUUCGUGCAACGGCGAUCAUGGCAGCCCAGGCCACGGUGCACCAGCCGCAGCAGAAGUCCGACGUGUUUCUCGGAAGGUUCCGCCGGGUGAAGGUGCUGCGAACGGCCAGUGGCGCCACGCCUCCGUUGAAAUUCUAUUAUGAAGCCGAGGCGGAGUUUGAAUCGGCUGAUCUGUCGUACGGGGUGGGGUAUGAACCCAUGCUGUUCGCCGACGUGAGUCACGCGGUAACGUGCGCUGUGAGGAAGGGGCAGCCGACGACGAGGCAGGGGAAGGUGAUUGCGGCGGCAGCGGCGGCGGCAGCAGCAGCUGGGGUACCCUAUCCUCCGGUGCAAAACACCCUCUCGGUGCCUGCUCUUGCAGCUGCGGCGGAUCCUGCUGCGGCUCCUCCUGUGUGGCCGCCUGUGGAGAGAAGCUUGCCGUGGUGGGACAUUAUGAGGUACUACAUGCAUGGGCAAGCGCAGCUCGUAGCGCUUGACUAUCAGGUGUUUCUUCAGGCUACUGUGGAUCCGUACGAGCAGAACGACAUGCUCACGCUGGUGGGGUCUCGGCUCGUGUUUUCGCAGAAGAAAGGGCAGAUGUUUGUGCGAGGGGAGGAUUUAGAAGCGCACAUGUCGAGCGUUCCGGAGGAUCCGUUAAGGAAGGCUGACGCGUGGGUGAGAGAGGGGGGAUCAGGCGGGAUCGGGAGGGGGACAGGCGGUGGGGGCGAGGGCGGGCGGUGGGAGGGAGACGAGUUCCUCCGGGCACCUGCUAUAGAGACGCCGGUUCUGGAGCUGGAUAUUCGGAUAGACUGGGAGGUGGAGGGGAAUGGGGACGCGUGUGCACAUUAUUUGCACGCGCUGCCGACAGAACCAGGCAUGCGGAAGGUUUUGUAUGAUCCGUUUAGGUCUGUGGGGAUGAACUUUCGCUGGGACUGGCGGUUUUUGUCUAAGGAGCAGGCGAGGGUGAUUCACAGCAAAGGGGAGAAGAAAGAGAAGAGCAGUGUGGGUGGCGGUGGGGUGAGGGUGGGUCGGAACAGCAGUGCCGUUGAUCUCCGAGUUGGUGGCCCCACUGCUGCUGCUGCUGGCGCUGCUAGUGUUGGCAGCGAUGCUGCUGCGGCUGCUGCUACUGCUGCGGGUGCAUCUGGUGUUUUAGGCAGGCACGCACAUGGAUCACCAGCAGGACCAGCCAUACCGCGCUCCACCUCUCUGUCUUCUGCUUCGUUCUCCCGGGCCUCCUCCUCCUCCCACCGCUUCCCCGACGACGAAGAUUUCUUCUCGGGCAGCUCAACUGCCCACCGAUCGGCGUCCAGCACCAGCGGCGGGUCGUUCUCGUCCGUUGGAUUCGAACCCGGGGCUGAGUCAGCCUCAGGAGCGGGUUUGAGUGCAAGUGGGCGUUUGCAUUCGCAGAGACACAGGAGAACGUCGUCAGGCAGUAUGCCUUGGCAUGUGGAAGCGGGGAAUUGGGAAGGCGGAGGAGAAGGAGGGGGAGGAGGAGGUGGGGGUGCAGGUGCUGCCGUGGCUGGCGGUUUUGACAGCCCACGCAUCGGAGGAGGAGGAAUCGGAGGAAGCGGAGGAAGCGGAGGAAUCGGAGGAAGCGGAGGGAUUGGGGGAGGGUUUGAGGUUGCUGGUGGGGGUGUCCGUCAGCCAACGUUCAACCUGGCAAGCCACGACAUCAAGUGGCUGUUCAAAUUCUACAACCUCAUGUAUCUCUCCUCCCACAAGCUCCGGAACUUCGGCCGCCGCCGCUACGGCAUCGCGAGGAAGGCCAAAUCCGGGAACCUGAACCUCAGCCAGGUGAUGUCUGAGAUGCUGAUCCGCCUGCACAUUGCCCCGGGCGCGUGGCGGCAUUAUUCGUUCCGGAACCCGGACCCGGCGGAGGGGUUGGUGUUGCUGGUGGAUGAGUUGGUGUAUGAGUUGUGCUACAGCCGGAAUUUGAAGGCGUGGGAUGGGAAGACGAGAAGGCCGAGUUUUAAGACGGCUCAUACGGGGCUGGAUGUUGUGCGGAUGAGGAUUGUGGUGGAAGAGCCGGGGAGUGGGGAGGGGGAAGGGGAUGGGCAGGAGGGAAAGGGCUGGUUACCAGACGAAGCACUGGAGGCAGCAGCUUCAGAUGGGGCGGAGGAGAAGGAUUGGGAGGGGUACUGGGAGAGGAAGCAGGCGGGGGGAGGGGCACAGGGGCAGCAGGAUUCAGGAGCGGCAGCAGCGUGGGGGGCGGGACGGUGGGGGAAGGAUGGACGAAGGCUGAUCAGAGCUUCUUGA